AUGUCGAGAUUACAUCCUCACGACUAUACUGAGGGAUCAGAACAUUCGUUCUCUCAAGACCCAGUUACUCCUGUCGACGUAGUACAGCCAACGCGCAAACAAAUGGUUGGAUUCGCUGCGCACUCAACAACAAUGGAGAGCUCGUCUCGAGACCCUCCUUCCGAGUCUCCCUUUGCCGACCCUCCCAAACCAGGCUCUUCGGACUCAAACAAGAAACCUACCGUCUCUGAUGUAGGAUUCGGCUAUGUUUCUGAUAACCGACCUGAUCGAGAUGCACCCGGCUCUUCAGCCAACGUACCAAACUCACCACUUAAGAGUGCCAUGAAAGUACCUGGCACCCCUGGUCGGUUCGGAAAUGCGAACCCGUUGAGCCCAACUUUCAGAGAGGAGCAGAUUCUUGAGAUCCACGAGAAAGAUGCAGAGGAAGAGAAUGCAAAGGAUUUGAAAAUCAAAACACGAGUCCGCCUCUCGAAGAUCUUGUUGCGUGGUGUCAAUUUCUCCUGCAGCUUGAUUGUUCUUGCAUUGCUUGCUCAGUCAUUCCUCAUCUUCCGCGCAACUAGACAUCUGGAGACCAGAAACGGACUUUCUCCUUGGGAUCCUAAUACCAAUCCCUGGCCUCAAAUUCUCAUUCUAGUCAUGACCUCUAUCAACAUGUUCUUGUCCAUCGUCGUGCUUUGGAACAAUUGCCGUGGAAAGGAGCGCCGUGCAGAGAAAGUAAAUGUGUACUACACUCUUUUUGCCGGUGGCUUCUUCGUUUUCACUGUUAUCAUGUGGGUUGUAGCUGCUGCUCUACUGCAGAACAGUAAAGACAGUGGUAAUGGCAAGGAUCUUUGGGGAUGGUCUUGCAAAGACAAUAUACGAGCCACUUUGUUCAAAGAGCUGGUCGACUAUGCUCUCGUUUGCCGUAUGCAGGACUGGACGCUUGUUUGCAUUAUUAUUGAGAUCGUCGUUGAUACCAUCACAAUUGCCAUCUAUGCCGUGGUCUUCUAUCGCUUCUACUCCAAACGCAAGCUACGCAAAUCAAUGAACGUCCGCGACAAGGCCAGAUCCGAUCUCUACCUUGCCAAUCUCCGUGUGCAAUCGGCCCCUAACACCCCCGGAUUUGCACGAAGCCCAGCAAUGAAACAAAACCCGUAUUCAGCCGCUGAGAACGGACAAGUCCAUGAAUACUACCAACCACAAUAUGCUACACCAGUCACCACCGCCAACAAGCCGUUCCAACUACAGCCUCCUCCUUCUAGAUCAUCCAACAGCAUCCACAAUACUCCUCAGUCUGAGACACAAAACCCUUCUUUCCAGCCUGGCACGGCGGAGCAAGUAAACUACCACGCUACUGCCACUCCUGGAGAACAGUCAUAUGCCGCCGUGCCAAUUCCCGAGGCAUACAGAAGCCCCAGCUUUGCCCCUCAGGGGAUGACUCUGCCCAAUACUCCUGGUAUUGGCGUAGCGGUUACAUCAGACAAUGCACCUCACACUCGCAACCCAUCAAGGUGA